GCGGGGAUGGUCCCGUGCGGAGCCCGGCGGAGGUGCCGUGCGGCCGGCCCGGGCCGGUAAUGCGGCCUCCAGGAUGCUGUGGUUCCCGGUGAAGAAGAUCCGCAAGCAGUUCAAGCUGCUGCUGCUGCUGGUGCUGCUCACCUUGGCCGCGUGGUUCACCUACCUGCACAUCAGCCUGGUGCGCCAGGGCAAGGCGCUGCGCCUGCACUUCGCCUACGGCAGAGAUGGCGAGAGGCUGGGCGAGGUGACAGAUGCUGGCAGGCGUGUGGCCGGGGCCCGGGCAGCGGCUCAGCAGAGAAAGGCUGACUACUCCAGUGAGAGCCGGGAGGAUGAGCAGAUGCAGGGCGAAGGGCAGGGCUUUGAUGGCUGGCUUUCCAGAGGUCCAGGAGCGGAUGGAGCUGGGAGGCCCCCCCGGCUGAACGUGACCAAGCAUGUUCUGCCAUGGAACGAGCAGUACAAGGGGAAGGUGAACCUGCACGUCUUCGAGGACUGGUGUGGAGGGGCCGUGAGGCACCUGAGGAAGAACCUGCACUUCCCUCUCUUUCCCCACACCCGCACCACGGUGAAGAAGCUGGCUGUGUCUCCCAAGUGGAAGAAUUAUGGGCUGCGGAUCUUUGGGUACAUUCACCCCUUCAAGGAUGGGGAUUUCCAAUUUUCCGUAGCUUCGGAUGACAAUUCGGAGUUCUGGCUUAGCUCUGAUGAGAUCCCAGCCAAUGCCCGGCUGGUGGCAUUUGUGGGCAAGCUGGGCUCCGAGUGGACGGCUCCAGGGGAAUUCACCAAGUUCAGCUCUCAAGUCUCCAAACCUGUCCGCCUCAUGUCCUCCAGACGCUAUUACUUUGAGCUCCUCCACAAGCAGGAUGACCGCGGGUCGGACCACGUGGAAGUAGGCUGGCGCGUGUUCCUUCCCAGCCUGAAGUUCGAGGUGAUCGACUCCCCCUUCAUCUCUCUCUACACAGACGAGUCCUCUCUGAAGAUGAACCACGUGGCUCACAUCCCCCAGUCCCUCGCCAGCCACACUGGGAGCUACAUGUCAGAGGCACAGAGGGACAAGCAUGGGGCCGACAUGCUCAAACCCGACCCUAGAGAUACUUUCUUCCUCACUCCCCAGAUCGAGGCAUCCCACGUGGAGAAUGUGCUGGUGCCCUGCACCUACAGCCCCACCUAUGUGGUAAAGGACUUCCCUAUUGCCCGCUACCAGGGCCUGCAGUUCGUCUACCUCUCGUUCGUGUACCCCAACGACUUCACCCGCCUCACCCACAUGGAGACGGAGAACAAGUGCUUCUACAGAGAGUCCCCCCUCUACCUGGAGAAGUUUGGCUUCUACAAGUACAUGAAGAUGGAUGAGGAAGAGGAGGAUCCUCGCCAGAGAACCUUUCUCUUCCUGAACUCAGACAAUUUCCUGGAAGAGGAGGAGGAAGGAGCAGACAGUCCUGAGCCCACGGACCCACCUCCCAACACCAAGGAGAAGAGCCCCAGGGGGCCGAGCCCACCCCUGGGCACUGGAACCAAAGGCAAAGGGCUCCCUCUGGCUGCAAGGGAUUACGGGGGCGACGUAGACUACUACACUUUCCGCCACCAGCAACAGCCGGUUCAUGUGGAGAGUGCCACACCAGGGCGGCCACGAACCCGGGACGUACACAGCAGGGCCAGCCCCAGCUCCGCAGCCACAGCCAGGGACUCCCAGGGCUAUGAGAACACUCCCCCUUUACGAGAGCAGGCCCUGGUUCGGGGGCGCUCCCUCAGCUGGAUGCGCAAGGAGCCAGAACAGGCAAACGCCAGGGAGGAAGAUGAGCUGGGGCUGCUGGCGCCAUCAAGGCGAGGCAGUGUCCUGAGCCACCAACCCCACCUCUCCCUGCCCCUCUUUGGGGGCAAGGCCAAGCCACAGGGCCCAAGCAGGCUCCUGGUGUCCAUGGAGGAGAAGGUAGCCAAGGAGGAGACCAAAAAGCCCGAAGAGAAGGUGUAUGUGACCCGGCUGCAGCCUGGCAAGCGCAAGGCCCCAGUGCAGGAGGCCAACUUCCCCGGUGUCUUCCUCUACCCUAAGCCACUCAGGAGGGUGCACCUGAACUCAAGGCCCCCCCAGAGGCACUCCGCCCCCUCCACCAAGCUCCGCACUGUCCCCGGCCACAGGGCACCCUGGCUCCCGAGCAACGGCUCCAGGGAGACGGAUCCCUCCAAGAGGAAGAGCCCCAGGGCCAGCAUCAGGAAGUGGGAGCAGCUGUACAGGCACGAGGACCCCGAGGCUGUGGGCGAGCGGAGGGCACGGCCCAGCAUACAGCUGCCACUAGCUGAGGGGCUGUUUGGCAAGGAGGCCCUGGAGGUCCCCACCACCACCCUAGCCAGGACCGCGGCAGUGGCAGCCCUGGAUUACAACUCCUCAGAGGCAGCCCUGUCGGCCGGGGUGCGGGUGACGUCCUUCCUUAGGAUGUCGGAAGUGAUAGCGUCGCAGCAGGAGGCCCUGGGCAAGGCCCAGGAGGAGGAGGAGGAGGUGUCGGACUACAGCUACGAGAACUCAGAGCUGCAGCCGAGCUGGCUGGAGGACUCCAUCAACUGGCAGAGGACGUUCAGCGUCAGCUCGGUGGACUUUGAGCUCCUGCGCUCUGACUGGAACGACCUGCGCUGCAACGUCUCGGGCAACCUGCAGCUGAGCGAGAGUGAGGUGGUGGACGUGGUGGCCCAGUACAUGGAGAAGCUCAACGAGAAGAAUGGGGGGAUCUAUACCCUGCUGCGCAUCGUCAACGUGGAGAAGCGGCGAGACACGGCGCGAGGGAACCGCUACCUGCUGGAGCUGGAACUGCUGGAGCGGGGCCAGAGGACCGUGCGGCUCUCGGAGUACGUCUACGUCCUGCUGCACCAGGGCAGGCCAGCCGACAGCACUGAGGCCAACCCCGAGGGGCCCACGCCCAUGGCCACCGAGCCCCAGCCCAGCCCCUGGAGCCUGCUGUAUGGGAAGCCCAUCCUGUGCCGACCCCUGCGGCUCAGCUGGAGGCAGGAUGUCAUGGUGCACUUUGUGGUGCCAGUGAAGAACCAGGCGCGCUGGGUUCAGCAGUUCAUCGCGGACAUGGCCGGCCUGUACUGGGACACCAAGGAUGCCAACUUCAAUGUCAUCCUGGUGGACUUUGAGAGUGAGGACAUGGACGUGGAGAAGGCGCUGCAGGAAGCCCGACUGCCUCGGUACCAGUACUUGAAGCGCACAGGGAACUUUGAGCGCUCAGCAGGGCUGCAGGCCGGGGUGGACUCCAUCGAGGACGGGCGCAGCAUCGUGUUCCUGUGUGACCUGCACAUCCACUUCCCCCUCAACAUCCUGGACAGCAUCCGCAAGCACUGCGUGGAGGGCAAGCUGGCCUACGCGCCCAUCGUCAUGAGGCUGGGAUGCGGGAGCUCUCCGCGGGACCCCAACGGCUACUGGGAGGUGAACGGGUUCGGCCUCUUUGGGAUCUACAAGUCGGACUUUGACCGCGUCGGGGGCAUGAACACGGAGGAGUUCCGAGACCGCUGGGGCGGGGAGGACUGGGAGCUACUGGACAGGGUCCUGCAGAGCGGGCUGGAGGUGGAACGCCUGCGCCUCAGGAACUUUUACCAUUACUACCACUCCAAACGCGGCAUGUGGAACUCCCGCAGCAAGAAGGCUCCCAAAGACUAGGUCCUGGGCCCUGCUGCCAGCCACGCCCAGGGCUCCUCCGCACACCGGGGCAGGACGAGCCUGUUCAGCAAAGCCAGCUGCCUCGGCUCUGCCACCUCGAGUCUGUGCAGUCGUGGAAGUCGUCUCUGGGCCACUGGCGGUGCCUCUAGACACCGUGCUGGAGCGAGAGGCUGGGGAUUUCUCCAGAGCUCUCUAAACAAACCGCAGUUACUUUGAGGGGAGGGGGGAGGUUGUGAUUUUUCUUAAGGCUUCUAAUUUCUUAGUGAGAAACCAGUUUAUUAACUCAUUAGCACUGAGGGUCAGGGAUUCCGUCAGAGGGAGGGAGCCAACCAGCCCCUCAUGCUGCCUCCAGCCCCUCAGGGAGCAGGGUGGUAAAACAAGGCCUGGAGCCAGCCCCUGGAGAGGAGGUGGAGAAGGGGCUUAUCAGCCUGGCCGCUGGGUUUCCCUCCUGGGCCUGGUGUCCCAGGACCAGCCCUGCUAAGCAACACUGGGGAGGUGCCCAGGUUCACAGGGUGUCACACUUGCUGUGCCCGUGCCACUGCUGCACCCCUUGUGGGCAGCGUGAGUCGCAGUGAGCUUCCAUGCACCCCUCUUUGGUGUGGCCGGGAGAGGCCAAGCUCCCUGUUCCAUAGCGGGGCCGGGAGGUGAAUACACAGGCCACGUGCUAUCCGUGCAGAGGGAGACGGGAACCUUGCUGGGUACUCAUUGGAUGAACAUACUGUGUGGAGAUCUGUGCGCAGGGCCUUGCAGCUCGCUGGCCCCAUGCCCUGUCACACUCGGAAGGUGAGGAGUGAGCGAUGGGAUUGGUAUGAUGCCAGCGCAUCGUGCCUCAUUGCCCCAUUACCUUCAGAGGCGGGUGCUGUGCCCUAUGGGCCACAAGCUGUCUGGUCAGGAAAUCCCCCAGCCCCAGAUCUGCAGUCAAAAACCCGGGAGGUUCCUGAAGCCAUUGGUGAGGUGGGGCCGGGCAGAGCGGCUGAUUGAGGCUCACUGUGCCUAGCUGCCCAGCAGUUGGGAGCUGUCCCACCCCUGGCUGGAGCCCAGAUCCACUCAAUGGGCAUCUCCUCAUGAAUUCGGCUGGGAGGGGCGUCCUCAGAGCACUCCUGGGGGCAUUGUGGGGGAUGCGCUAUAAACUCACCUCUGUCCCCUUCUCUUCCCUUCCAUCCACAUUUGAAGGGCUCUUGUCCCACAGCUCAGCCCUUCUUGAGCAGAGUGAGACGCCGCGGUGCCUGUGGGUGAAUCAGACAGUAGCUCAGGCGCAGGGCGGUGCUUCCUGGGCCUGGUAGCAUUUGAGGGAGGGAAUGGGCUGGUAAAUACGGUGUCCCGGAGAGAUUCUCUGCCAAGCCAUCCCAAAGCCUUCAGCCUCCCUCCCUGCUACUGGCCCCUCUGGGGGGGGAAGGGAGGAGGGCAGUACACGGGGGGCACGGGUGAUACUAGCACCACGAGUGGGCAAGGGGGGAGAUCUGCUGUGGGCAAAGGAGGUGUGGGGGGGAGGACACAGGGAUGAAGCGCAGCCCCGGAGAGGCCGAACACUGCUACUAAUGUCUUACGCUGACGUGCCUCCCUCCCCUGUGUGGGGCUGGGGGGAGCAGCCAGCUGCCCAGCAGGCGCACGGUCAUGGCAGGGUGGGACUGGCUGCUUGACACCUGCAGGACGCUUGUGUUGUUGACAUUCCUGGUGCAGCCCCUAGGGAGGGCUGGUUGGAGCCUGCUCCCCCAGGGGCUGUGAUGUCCCCCCUGGGGAGGGCCUGAGGCAGGAAUCGGAGCAGGGAGGACGAGCAACGUUUCCAAGCUAAUUUCUGUGAAAUUAUGAGGUAGGAAGCUGUUUUCAGGAGGUUAUGUCUGUUUUGUUUUUUAUUAUUAAAAAAUAAAAGGAAUGUCUUGGUUGGGAU